UUCGAACGUAUACCCUCCAAGUCCCUACGAAGAAGAUAAGUUGAUGUUUACAGGAAAAAUCUGCUGGAAGGGUUUUUGCACAUAAACCCUAAUCACCUUCUUCUUCUACUCCCAAACCUCAUUCAGGUAAUUGUUCAUCCUCAUCUUCUCCAACUAUUACAUACAUAUCUAUCUAAUCUAUGGUCACUUCUAUCUAUUUAUAGUCCCUCUCUUGUAUAAUCCUACAAAGAGACUCAAAAAUGGAGCCCAAACUGUUUUUACCUUCACCAAGAACAUCACCAUCUAUUGCUUCUGUACCCUUCUUUCUCUCAUACAAAUCACCUCUUCUUGCAAACCCAAAGCUUUCUUCAAAAACCCGUAUUUUCUUAUCCACGAAAGCAUCAGAGAAAACACAAUUUCUGGGAAAAAGUUUGAAUUUACAGAAGAAAAUUGUUCCUCUGGGUAAUGUAGAAAAAACCCAUAUUCGAUCUGGGUUAAUAAGAGCUGCUGUGAAGAGAAGAAAAGAGCUUCCCUUUGAUAAUGUUAUUCAAAGGGACAAGAAGCUCAAAUUGGUUCUGAAAAUCCAGAAGAUUCUAGUUAGUCAACCCGAUCGGGUAAUGUCGUUGCGUGAUUUGGGUAGGUAUAGAAGAGCUCUAGGGCUCCAGAAAAGGCGGCGAUUCAUCGCCUUGUUGAGAAAAUUCCCUGCAAUUUUUGAGAUUGUGGAAGAAGGGGUUUACUCGCUUCAGUUCAAAUUGACGCCUGAGGCAGAGAGGCUUUACUUGGAGGAGAUGAGGAUUAGGAAUGAAAUGGAGGGUUUGUUGGUGAUUAAGUUGAGAAAAUUGUUGAUGAUGUCAUCGGAGAAGCGAAUUCUUUUGGAAAAGAUUGCUCAUUUGAAGACUGAUUUUGGGCUUCCUUUAGAAUUCCGGGACACAAUUUGUCACCGGUACCCACAGUAUUUUAGGGUUGUAUCGACUGGGCGAGGCCCAGCUCUAGAACUUACUCAUUGGGACCCAGAGCUUGCUGUUUCAGCAGCUGAGCUAGCAGAGGAAGAAAAUCAGACUAGGGAGUUGGAAGAGAAAGAUUUGAUAAUAGAUAGGCCAUUGAAGUUCAAUAGAGUGAAGUUACCGAGGGGUCUAAAUCUUUCGAAAGGUGAGAUGAGAAGGAUUUGUCAGUUUAGAGACAUGCCUUAUAUAUCACCUUACUCUGAUUUCUCUGCAAUAAGGUCUGGUACAUUGGAGAAAGAAAAGCAUGCUUGUGGGGUGGUACAUGAAAUCUUGAGCCUCACUGUUGAGAAGAGAACACUUGUUGACCAUCUGACUCAUUUUCGAGAAGAGUUUAGGUUCUCUCAGCAGCUGAGGGGGAUGUUGAUAAGGCAUCCCGAUCUUUUCUAUGUUUCGUUGAAAGGGGAUAGGGAUUCGGUCUUCCUCAGGGAAGCGUAUCGUGAUUCUCAUUUGAUAGAGAAGGAUCGGUUGUUGCUCAUCAAAGAGAAGCUUCGGUCACUUGUUGCUGUUCCACGAUUUCCGGGAAGGGGAGGCCCCAAAACUGAUGGAGAUGGAGUGGAGGAAAGUGAUGAGCGGGCAGAAGGAAGUGGUGGAGAGGAUGAAGAUGAUUGGUCUGAUAUUGAUGAUGUAAUAGAUGAUGCAUUUGAUGAUGAUGAUGAGCAGGAGGACGGUGAAGAUGGGGAGGAUUACGAGGAUGAUUGGAGUGAUGAAGAUGAUGAUGAGGUGCCUCCGGACUUUGAUGAAGAUGGCGGAAAUGUGAAGAUUGGAUUGAGCAAAUCAACUAAAAAGGUAGGUAGCGUGACAGAGAAUGAAGAAAAGGUGCUUCUUCCCAUGUUUCCAGAUGGUCGACCUAGAGAACGCUGGUGAAAGUGGUAGGAAUUCGAAGAACGCCCUGGCUCCCCAGUUUUGGUAUAUACUCGAGCAAAAGGCCAUUAACAUUUUGCUGUUAGAUUGUAUUAGAAGAGGUGUUUUGUCCUCCUACAUGAAAAUGCAAUUUCAUACUUGGAUUUUCUGCGUCGUUGUACAUAAGUCCUGGAUCUUCUCUCUCAGGUUUAAGGUGCUCAAGAAUGAGACAUUGUUGUCUACAAAUAUUCAUGUCCUCUUGUUUUGAUCUAACGAGAUUGAAUAUGUUAGGUUCUUAUCCAUGACAACUCGAAACAAAACAUGUGUGGCUGUUAUAUCUGUAAGCUUGUUUUGAUAUGCAAUAUAAAUAUGAGUUUGUCUUAA